GUUUUUUGUUUUUUCUCCCCUGAUGCAGCAGGAGGCGUGCCGAGCCGGGCCGGGCCGGUCCAGGCGCUCAGGUCGGGCUCGGCUCAUAGGCUUCAUGUGAUUCUGAAGGGAGGUGUUUGUCCUCCCCGUCAAAAGAAAAAACCAAAAGGAAAAAAAAAGACCUUUUCAACAUCCAAGCGACAGCAUUUGAGAGCUGAGCGCCUCACGGAGCGACCUGACUUGCUUUCUGGGCAUUUUUCCUUCAGCUGUGCCGCGGCUCAUUCCGGACAGCGACGCCCUGCAGCUCCGAUCAUGGGAGACGCUCAGUCUGCGCAACGGGAGGCCAACAAGGAUGCAGCAGCAGCAGCAGCAGCAGCUCAGGAGGAGGAGGAGGAGGAGGAGAGCGGAAGAGUGGACGAUGCUCAGCCUGAGCACACUAUUGAAGACAAGACUCAUGGGCAGAUCGCUGAGAUCAAUGGACAAACAGAUGAAUCAAUAGCGGAAGUUAACGGUCACUGUGAGGAUGAGAUCGCCACAGAGGCUAUCCUAUUACCAGACGAAGAUGCUUCAGGAACAGAGAAGCCACUUAAAGAAGAAAAAACCCCACGUGAAAAUGUUGAACUUAACGAGAAGGAAUCAGCCAAUGAAGGUGAUGCUAAUGACAACGUACCCCAGGAAAUUACUGAAGUGGAUGCAAAGCAGAAUGACAUCAACGAAGGUUUUAGGAAAUUUUUCAGUAACAUUGGGUUGAAACUGACAGUAAAGAGGGGCUCAAGGGAAAUAGCAACAGAUAUGCCUGAUAAGACCAACAAGGAUGAACCAAACAGACCAGAAGAUGUCGAGGAUACCACGAAGGAGACCAAAAGUGAGAAUGCUGAACAGAAUACUGAUGUGAACAUAGCACAGGAAGCUUAUGAUAAUGAUUCAACAACAUGUCCGACCCUGACAGACGUCCCAUCGGAGGACGUUCUAGAAGAUGCCGAGGAGAAAACAACAGAAACCAAAGAGGAGGUUGAAUCUGGUAAUGCAGGUGCAGCAACGACUUCACCCAUAGAAGACCCACAGCAGGAUGCCACACCUGAAGAAGAGCCACAUUCCACAUCUCUGACUAGUCCUGAAGAGGAGGCUGUCGUAUCUCCAAUUAAAAGAUUUUUUACUACUGGGAUUUUUUCUGGACUACGGAAGAAAAAGAAACCUGCAGAAGAUGAGACGACUGAAAAAGAGCUGGUAAACAUGGGGGAAAAGGAAGUCUUGGAAAAAACAGAACAAAUUGUUAAAGACCAACAACGGGAUGAAGGAGAGAUUAGUGCAGGAACUGAGGCAGUGGCAGUUGAGGAUGAGCCUAAAGAAAAUGAAGUGAAAGAAGAGCUCCUGCCUGUAGCAUCAGCCCAGACAACGAAUGAAGAGAAAUCAGCUUCCGGGGAGGCAUCAACCAUCAUGACUGAGCCUGAAAUCCUGAGUUCUCAAGAGAAAGAUAAAGUGCAAGCAAGUCCUCUGAAAAGGCUGCUGUCAGGGUCCAGUUUAAAGAAACUCUCCAAAAAGCAAAAAGACAGGAAGUCAAGUGAGGGAAUGCUGUGCGUCUCUGGAGAACAAGUUUCAGAUCAGCUACUGUCAUCUACUGAGUCAGCUGAGAAUCAGAAAAGAGAAGGUCCUGCUCAGCCCUCUGCAGAGGCAGCAGGAGAGGAGGAUAGUGCAUGGGCUUCUUUCAAAAAACUUGUGACUCCAAAGAAACGAAUGAAGAGGUCCUCCUUGAGCAACGAAGACACACAAAUCCCAGGUUUAGUGGAAGAACCAAAACCAAGUGAAGGAGAGCAAAUAUCAGAUCACAGCACAGAAGAAGGCAAAAAAAGAAAAGACUCGUCUGUUUCAUGGGAGGCCGUUUUAUGUGGAUCAGGAAGAAGAAGAAGCCGAAAAACGUCCGACUCCGAGGAAGAAAUGCCGCAAACUGAUAACACUGAUCAUAAACAAGAUGGUGGAUCUAAAUAUGGUGCAGAAUCACCUCUGGAGAGUUCUAAUGAGAAUGAGAAUGAAAUAUUAGCCUCUUCCCCCAAACAAGCUUCAGAGGGUGAUGGAGAGUCAACAUGGAAAUCACUGAAAAGACUUGUCACCCCGAAAAGGAAAGCUAAGGAUGAGGAUGAAAGCAAAGACCAGAUACAAUCUGACAAUGAAGUUACUCAAGAUGAAUCCUCCUUUUCAAUAAAGAAACUUCUACCAGGAAGAAAAAAGAGGAAGUCUGUUGAACAUCAAGACCAAGUCUCUUCAGAAGAGGCUGAUAAGGAUGUGGAUUCAGCUGAUGAAGACUCUGAGACACCAGCUGUGGUUCCAUUGUCUGAGUUUGAUAUAGUUGAGACAGAGGUUCAUAUACAAACACAAGCAGACAUAGAAAGUCAUAUAGUCGAGGAAGAAAACUACGAACUCCAGCAAGAGCUCCUUGAUCAGGUGGCUGAACCAGUCAAACUGAAAACAGAGCCAAACAAAUUCAAAGAUGAUGAUGUUUUAGAAAAACAGGCAUUUACAACUCCUGCUACCAGUGAAGAACCUGAUGAUCUCACAGAGUCAAUCGGCAAGCAUCAGCAACUAAGUGAUAUUCCAGAAGAGGGCAUAAUUACAGAGACAAUGGCCACUCCAGCUUCAGUAGAUGAGGAGGCAGCCAGAGAUGACACUAUUGCAGAGGACCUGAUAGAGAUCACAUCUGAGGCCAUUACUGCACCAGAACCUGCUGCAGAUAUUACCAUUGCAGAUGAAACUGAGAUGAUCUCUGCUGUGUCCCAGUUAUCUUCAGAGUCUUCAAAAACAUCUGGCAACACAACACCAGUACCAGCAGAACACAAUGUUGUGGAAACAGAUAUGCUCCUGUAUCAGGCUGCUGAGACCAUCUCAAUAAGCCCAAAGGCAGUUCCAGUUUGUUCAGAUGAGUUAAGCCCUGAAAAAAGAGUUGCUUCUGUCUCGCAACAAAUACUUGAAACAUUUGUAAAAGAAGAGCCAACAGUUCUGGGAAUGCACAGAAGAGCAGAUGAAACCGGCAUCAACACAGGCCCAAAUGUUGAAGAAGUGGAUGUAAUCAAUGAACUUGCAGCUACAUCCCAAACAGAGAGCAUAUCUGAAGUCAAUGACUUUGGUUCCACAGAGAUUGUGUCUGAAGUGCCUACAGAGGAGUUUGACACUGCUGAAAUUGAUGUGGAUGAAAUACGGGAGGCCAGCAUUACCCAUCAAGAAGAAAGCAUAAAAGAAUUAGAGAGCAUUGAUGAGAGCCAUCACCUGGUGGAAUCUGAGAUAAAUGCUGCUGCCUAUCCUGAUAAAUUACCUGAAGGUGAUGAAAUUGUCCCAGAUGCAAGUUCUGUAGUUGAGACACAUCAAGGUGUAACAGAGCCCCCACAAAUUGACUCCCAAGAAGUAGAUUCAGCUGUUGCAGUAGCAGAUGAAUCUAAGGAUGGGGCUAAAGAACAGGAAGUCCAAACUGUGACAGGAGAUGAAGAUUACACUGCUGAACAAAUUCAAGUUGAGAAUAAAGAUCAACCACCAGCAGAAAUGGAGGAGCUGCACGAACUAGCACAAGAACAAGCUGCAACAUUAGAUUCAGAGGUUAGUGUUCAAUCACUUGAAAAGGAAAUAAUAUCAGAGGACAUACCAGCAGCUAAAACUAUUACCGGUACAUGUGAACUGAAAGAGGAGACAGUGCCUCAAACUGAUGAGCCAGAAAAGGAAGAUGAACUACAAACAGAUGAAACCAAAACUGAACAAGUUCAAGUACCAGAAGCAUCGGAAGCUGUGCAAGCCUCUACACUGGAUUCACAAGAGAGCAGUGUUCAGGUACCACGGGAGGAAGCAAAAUCAGAGGACAUUCCACCAGGAGAAACAGUUACAGAUGAAUCCAAACAGAAACCUGAGCAUCUCACUGAAGUCAACGUUGAGCCAGAAAACCAAGAACUACCAGUGACUGCUGUGAAAUCCCAACAUGAUCAAGAACAAGAAGUAUUACAAGCUGUUCAAGCAGAGGAGGCGGGCAGUGUCCAAUCACUUGAAAAAGAGGUGAUACCUAAAACAGAAACAGUUACAGAUGAACUUAAAGAAGAGACAAUACUUGUCACUGAAGUUACCCCUGAGCCAGUGGAUGCCUCUAAAACUGGACAUGGUCAAGAGCAAGAAGUAAUACAAGCUCUUCAAGCAUCCACAUUAAAUUCAGAGGAGGUUGGUGUCCAGUCACUUCAAAAAGAAAUGAAAUCAGAGGAUGUUCCUGAAGCUGAAGCAGUUACAGAUGAACUCAAAGAGGAGACACUUCAGAGGCAGGCAGCCUAA